AUGAAAACAUAAAAUAACUUUGCUCAUUUCUCAAGAGGAGGUAAACUAUCCACUCCAUAUUUAAAAUUUACCAAAGUUGAUGCUGAAACUGCAAAAAAGGCAUUUACACCUUAGGAACUCAAAUAAAUAAUGGAUAUGUUUGUUUAUUUUGAUAAAAGUGGAAAUAAAACAAUUUAGCGUGACGAUUUAGGGUUUGCUUUGAGAGCCAUAGGGUAUCUUGUGACGACAAUUGAAAUUAGAGAAUUAGGAAAUUACUUAGAUCCCAAGAAAACAUCAACUUUAAAUUUUGAAUAGUUUAUAACAGCUUGUUAUAAUGUAAGAAAUCGCAAGCCAAACAAAUAAGAAAUUAUUAAUGCAUUAAAAAUAUUUGAAAAAAACAAAUCUGGGUACAUUGAUGUCAAAGAAAUAAAAUCAAUCAUUACUAAAAUUGGAGAUGUUCUAAAUUUAACAGAAUUUGAUACAGUUAUCUCUGAAAUAACUUAAUAACACAAUGGAUUUAUCAAAACCGAUGAUUUAGUUAAUUUACUUAUAAUGUCAUGA